AGGUCUGUUUCUGGACUGUUCUCUGAGACAAGCAUCCAAAGCUCAUCUCUCUCCUCCACAAUCUCUCUCCGUCUCUCACUCUCUCUUGUGUACAGUUCCACCGCCAACGCCAAGCUUUCUCGGGAAACAGCCAUGUCAUCAAAAUCAAGGGUGCUUGCUAGGGUCGUGUCUCGUAGGUUCUCAAGUAGCGGCAAAAUAUUAAGUGAGGAGGAAAAAGCUGCUGAAAAUAUCUAUAUUAAGAAAAUUGAAAAGGAGAAGUUGGAGAAGCUCGCACGUAAGGGUCCUAAUCCAGAAGAAAAGCCACCAACAGGUUCGGCAGACUCUGGAUCUGCGUCUGAGGCUAAAGCUACUGGACAGAAAGCAGGAGACUCAACUGACAAAACCCGAAACUAUGUAGUUCUGGCUGGAGUUGUUGCUGGCUUGGGUGCCUUGGGGUGGUAUUUUCAAUCAAAGAAGAAGCCAGAAGAGGUCCAAGGCUAGGUGAUUUGGACGUUAUGCAAUCGCCUUAACAUAGUUACUUGUGAUGAAAAAUAACAACAAAAAAACUUUAAAACAUCUUAAGUUUCUGUUCUAAUAUUUUAGUGAAGUGUGAAUGGCAGAACUUCUAGGUGUUAUCACCAAUACAAUCUUGUGCAGAGUUUUAGCCAUUUUAAUGUUUCACAACUUAUCGUUGAA